CAUAGGCCGGGCUAGCAAGAUGGCGGCGCCCAGGGGCCGGUGAGGUGAGAGGACACGAGAAUCCAGGGGACAGCUGCACCGGUGCGUUAUGGCUGCGUCCCCGCACACCCUUUCCUCGCGCCUCCUCACAGGGUCGCGCAUCUUUUCAGGAAUGUCAAUAAUCAGUGGGUUAUGGCCCAGCACCUAAGCUUCCUCAAGCGCAUGUAUGUCACACAGCUUCACAGAGGCCUUAGCCAGCAAGUCAAACCAAAGCCAGAGCCAUCGGCUUCUCCAUUCCUUGAACACAUGUCUUCAGGGCAGGCUAGAGCAGAAGUGGAUGAGCUGCCAUCUUUCUCAGUCCCCAGCCUGCCUUUGUCCAGGAAGACAGAUGAGGAGUUGAUGGAGUUGGAGGCUGCCUCCAUAGUGGAACGUCCUCUAGACAUGGCCAAAGAGACAAAGGAAGAAAAGCAGUGGAAAGAGAUGAAGCUCCACGCUGACGAUCUGCCCAGCAUUUUGGCUCGACUGUCCAAGAUCAAACUCACAGCUCUCGUCGUGAGCACCACUUCAGCAGGCUUUGCGCUGGCUCCAGGCCCUUUUGACUGGCCCUGCUUCCUGCUCACUUCCCUGGGAACGGGUCUAGCAUCCUGUGCUGCCAACUCCAUCAAUCAGUUUUUUGAGGUGCCAUUUGACUCGAACAUGAAUAGAACAAAAAACAGGCCUCUGGUUCGUGGACAGAUCAGCCCGUUGCUAGCUGUGUGUUUUGCCACCUGUUGUGCUGUGCCAGGAGUGGCCCUUCUGACCUGGGGAGUGAAUCCACUCACAGGGGCCCUGGGCAUCUUCAACAUUUUUCUGUAUACCUGUUGUUACACACCACUGAAGAGGAUCAGCAUCGCCAACACAUGGGUGGGAGCCGUGGUUGGAGCCAUCCCACCUGUCAUGGGCUGGACAGCAGCAACUGGAAGCCUUGAUGCUGGAGCACUUCUUCUGGGAGGGAUCCUGUACUCCUGGCAGUUUCCCCACUUCAAUGCCCUGAGCUGGGGACUCCGUGAAGACUACUCCCGAGGAGGCUACUGCAUGAUGUCAGUCACCCACCCAGCGCUCUGCCGGCGCGUGGCACUGCGUCAUUGCCUGGCCCUGAUUGCACUGUCGACGGCUGCCCCCGUCCUAGACAUCACCACGUGGGCCUUCCCCAUCAUCUCCCUCCCCAUCAACCUGUACAUUUCCUACCUCGGCUUCCGCUUCUACGUGGAUGCAGACCCCCAGAGCUGGAGGAAGCUGUUCUUCUGCAGCCUGUGGCACCUGCCACUGCUCCUGUUGUUAAUGCUCACUUGUAAGCAGCGGCCAGAUCAGGAGGGAGACAAGGGAGAGGCCCCAAGCUGAAAGCUAGCCGGCAUGUGGGGAGCGUGAGAGCAGAUAUGUGCAGACGAAUGCAUAGCACGGCCCUGUGCCAGUGGGCAGCGCAUUUUGGUGAUUCUGGCACGCUAAAAGAGAAAUGGAUGGUGUCAGCUGGUGGCAGAUCAUCUGGUGCUGUGUCAUCACUUAACAGUCCUUUUGAUAUUAAUAUCCAAACUGCCUCCCAAAUAAGAAAGGAACUGGCAUAGUGAACUAAUACGAAAAAUAGAAUGUUUCUCCUUGAAGGUUUUUAUGUAUCUUUCCCUCCAGCCCUGUGUUCUCUCACCCACGUGAUACAUAUGCACAUCUUCCUUCUCCCAACACACACGUACACACGUUCUCACCACCCGAAGGCCACAGUUGCCACUGGUCAAACCGGUGCAUGCUUGUAAACCAGCCUCUGUAGUUGUAUAUCCUGAGGCUCCCGCAGGCUGCCUCAGAAGAACACAUACUAUAGCCCCCCUUCUCUGCCACGGAGAUGGGGCCUGACUAGCUUUCUCCUACCAGUGUUCUCAACCACAUAUUCCUUCAAGUAACAGAACACCCAGCACAGCCUGCACAUUGGCAGUAAGGAUUCCAAACGGUUGCCUGCAGGAUCCCAGCCAGCACCUACCAUGGUCCCCACCCCCACCCUGGAAAGGCAAGGUGUCUUCAUCACUCACUUUGAAGUAUAGGCACGGUUUGAGCAUUUCUUUAUGGAAGGGUGGCACUUGACAUCCCAAAACCCCCUCAGGCACUGAGCCCACCACAGUACCACUGUAGUUGUGCUGUGGCUGUCAGGAUUUCUCUGGUGGCCUUCUUGGGGGCUGAAUGGGAGAGAGAGCAUGAGCUGGGCCAGCAGCCAUUCCACACCCACUCUUACCUCUUUAAUGUAAACAGCAUUUCCACACGGGUGCCUCCUGAGUCCAGAAAUUCGCCUCUGUGUGGUCCAGUGGUAUUCAGAGAGGGCCAGUUGGGUUCCUAGUGGCCAUGGGUCCAGUUCUGGGAAUUCAUGACCUCUGAUACAAAGCGCAGUCUUGUAUGUCCACAGAGAGGCCUGUUGCCUUAAAGUUGUGGAGCUUGGCAGGAUGUUUGAGUUCCAUGGUCUCCCAGAGUGCUGUGCCCUGUCAGGAUUCCCUCAGUGUGUUUAAGCCACAUAAAAACAGUUCUUGAAUUUAGACUGUUCUCCCCAAAAUGUGGAAAGCUUGAGCUGUGGCCCAAAGGCAGAGCACUUGCUUAGCCAUGUUCUAGGGGGCUGAUCUCAAGCACCCCCCCAAAAAAAGGAAAAGAAAAACUGGGGUGGGUGGGGUGGCGUCUAGAGUGACUCAGAUAGUGUGCCUGGUACCUCUUUCUACCUAUUGUAACGUUACCUCCUGGCUGUGUCUGGCUGUGUACUGUGGGACAGGAAAUGGAGAUGUCUGCAAAGGGCAUCUGUGAUUUGUUGCAGCCUUUCAGUCUGUAAAGUGUGUUGGUUCUCCCCCUGCUGCAAUAAAAGUUACAAACAGGAA